UUUUGGACAGGUUAAAAGGGCAGUCUGUGACCCAGAUGCUCCGCAAAAUCGCGAACACAACACACAUACAGACAGACAGACAAGAAAUAUUAUCGCCAGAGACUCAAAAUGGCUGAAGUACUGGACAUUGGUAGCUGUGAUUUGGAGUUUAAGUACAACAAUGAGGAACACCACACGGACCUUAACGGGGUGGACCGCCUGAUCGUCCGGCGAGGCCAGCCGUUCACCCUCAACCUGCACCUACAAUCAGGAACCUUCCAGCCUCUGGCCAGCACCUUCCAGCUCAUCGCUGAGACAGGGCCAGUCCCUGAAGAGAAAUGGGGUACCAAGGCAACCUUCAGUCUGUCCGACGUCAUCAGCAAAAAAUGCUGGAGUGCGUCCACCUCCUGUUCCCAUGGAAACAUCGUCACCCUGAGCAUCUGCCCGUCCCCAGCAGCUCCCAUUGGAUGCUACACCUUGACGUUGGACCAGGGACCCAAGGUCAAACUGGGGGAGUUUGUCCUGCUUUUUAACCCCUGGUGUGAACGAGACGUGGUGUACCUGGAGGAUGAGGAGAUGAGGAAGGAGUAUGUCCUGUCCCAGGAUGGUCUCAUUUACAGGGGUAACCCUACGAAGGUCACCAUUCUCCCCUGGAAAUUUGGUCAGUUUGAGCCUGGGAUCCUGGAUGUUUGUCUGAGAAUCCUUGAUGAAAACCCCAAACACCUGAAGAACCCGGGGAAGGACUGCUCCGGGAGACGGAACGCCGUAUACGUGACCCGAGUCCUCAGCGCCAUGAUCAACUGUAAUGGUGACAAAGGCGUUCUGGCGGGAAACUGGUCGGGUGACUACGAGGGCGGCGUGGCACCCACCCACUGGAGCAGCAGCGUGGAGAUCCUGCAGGAGUGGAGGAACAACGACUGCUGCGAGGUCUGCUAUGGCCAGUGCUGGGUGUUUGCUGCCGUGGCUUGCACAGUGUCUCGGGCCCUGGGGAUCCCGUGUCGAGUGAUCACUAACUUUGAGUCGGCUCACGACACUAACCAGAACCUGCUGAUUGAGUACUACUACAACAUGGACAGAGAGAGCUUGGGCGAAGAUUCGGUUUGGAACUUCCACGUGUGGGUGGAGACCUGGAUGAAGCGCCCCGAUCUGGGCCCUGGGUAUGAGGGCUGGCAGGCCAGUGACCCCACGCCCCAGGAGAAGAGCGAUGGUGUGUUCUGCUGCGGUCCCGUCCCGUUAAAGGCCAUCAAGGAGGGGGAGCUGACCCUGAAGUACGACGCCCCCUUCGUCUUCGCCGAGGUCAAUGCCGACGUGGUCAAGUAUGUAAAGCUGGAGGACGGUCAAGAAUUCAAGUUUGAUGGGUCAACAACUCACGUGGGCCAGUGCAUCAGCACCAAGAGUGUGGGUCGUGACAGCAGGGAAGACAUCACCCACCUCUACAAAUACCCUGAAGGUUCUCAGCAGGAGAGGCAGGUGUUUGAGAAGGCUGGCCACCACAACGCCCUGCGGGAGAAGGGUCUGGAGCCGAGCCUGAAGCUGAAGAUCAAGGUGAGCGCGGACAUGAAGAGAGGCUACGAUUUUGACGUGUUCGCGGUCAUCACCAACAACACUCCCGACAAAAAGACAUGCCGCCUCCUGUACAACGGCCACGGAGUGUCCUACAACGGGAAACUCAAGGGCAGCUGUGGGCAGACCGAAAUUCCUGACCUGCAGGUCUCAACUGGGGAAGAGAAGAGCUUUCCACUGAAAAUAUGCUACUGCAACUACAGCUCUGUGAUUACCCAAGAUGCCCUGAUCCGCCUGAUGGCCAUUCUCAUCGACUCUGACACCAAGGAGCUGUACAACAAAACCCGGACCAUCGUCCUGGAGGACCCAGAAAUCGCCAUCAGGAUCCUGGGGGAACCGAAAGUGAAGCGGAAGCUGACGGCGGAGAUCUCACUGCAGAACCCUCUCCCAGAACCCCUGGAGGACUGCACCUUCUCGCUGGAUGGAGCCAACCUGACCGACGGCAAGGCCAUCACUGAGACGUUUGGAACAGUGGGACCCAGGGAGACAGCCACGGUUAAAAUUGGCUUCACGCCCACCUGUGCGGGACUGCGGAAGCUGGUGGUGGAUUUCAGCAGCAACAAGCUGAGCAACAUCAAGGGAUUCAAGAACGUUAUCAUUGGAAAGUAAAGCACAAGUGCAGCCCUCCUGCAUGGCUCUGAUUGGCCGCUCAGUCACCAUUCAUAACUGCCAUUUUCAGUUUUUGCCAGAAAUUGACUAACAAGGCUUUUCUUUUUUAAGUCAACCGCUGGGUAUGGCCUAAACGGGACCUGACCAGAGGAAUUCAAAGUUCUGCCUGCCUUUUCUCUUGGAAUACUGCUUGUUUCAUUACAUCAAGGGAGCUUCUCAUUUACAUUAACUCUGCACUGGAAACUACAAGGAUAGUAAAAAUGAGGAAUUGUCUGUACUGUAUUGUUAAACAGGAGUUGAGAUUGCAUUUAAUUAGCAUUAUCCUUUCAGAAAUGUCUGUUUGCUGACCAAAGGAAUAAUAAUCACACAGCUAAUAAAUGUACCUCUGAGUAAAA